AUGACAACUUUUGUUAAAGUUUUGAUACACCACAGUGGCUAUUUUAUUGAGAAUGAUGAAAGGAGUUAUGUUAGCGGUAAUGUGGAUGUAUUUGAUGCAGUUAAUGUUAAUAAAUUAUCUGUCCCAGAGAUUAACUACAUGUUGAAGGAGUUAGGGUUAAGAGUGUUAGCUAAUGAUGAUGAUAUUAGAGAAAUGUAUUCUUUGUUGGAAAAUACAAAUACCUUAGAGCUGUUUAUUAAGCAUCAUAAGCCACAUAAGCCACAUAAUGUAGAUAUUGCUCAUUCUAUGUUAUUCUUUACUGAUGUGCCUGUGAAAGAUGUGGAAAAUGAUGAAAAUUACCACAAUGAUCACUGUCAAAAGGACUCAAACACUGACGGCGAUGGCAAUGGUGACCCAUUAGAUAGGGAUUUCUCAGAUAGUAGUGAUGAUGAUGAUGAUGAUGAUGAUCCCGAUCUUGAUGACAUCAUGUUUGAUAGUAAUGUUGAGAGAGAUGUCAAUGAAAAAGGGCUUAAAGAAGGUCAUGAGUGUGAAAUGAACGAUGCAGAUUCAUCUGAGGAAGAACUGGUUACCCCUACAGGCUCUGAUGAUAAGGAUAAUAACAACAGGCCUAAGUACCCUGAAUUUAGGGCUAAGGCUGAUAUACAGAACAUAGAAUUCAAACUAGGAAUGUUGUUUAGUACUGCAAAUGAGUUCAAAGAUGCUGUCAAGGAAUAUGUAAGAAAAGGAGGAUAUGAUGUGAAGUUUACUAAGAGUGAAAAAUAA